AUGCCAGUGGCCAUAGCCAUGGAAUUAGUUCGUAAGGUACUGAGUAUUUAUCGGCUUAAGCGCAAACCUGUAAUCUAUAUCACAUUCGUGGACCAAGCAGUAUUGACUAGUCUUCUCGUGGGAACAUUAGAUGCGGUGUUGGAUUCUACAUCGAAAGUCGCCCCUUUUCGCAUCCUGCAUCAGACACCAGACUCUCAAGUCUACUGGUCCAUUGCAUGCGGAUCCAGCAGAGAAGAAAUAACAGAACACUGGGACUGGUUAGAACACAAUGUUAUGAAGACUUUAUCAGUAUUUGAUUCAAAUGAAGAUAUUACGAGCUUUGUCCAGGGAAAGAUAAGAGGUUUGAUUGCUGAAGAGGGAAAAGGUUCGUUUGUAAAAGAAGACGAUCCUGAGAAGUUUCGUGAAGGUCUUAUGAAGUUUGAAAAGUGUUUUGGAUUACCAGAGCAGGAGAAGUUGGUUACCUAUUACUCAUGCAGUUAUUGGAAGGGCAGAGUGCCCUGUCAAGGGUGGCUUUAUCUUAGUACCAACUUCCUUAGCUUUUACUCAUUUUUGCUGGGAGCAGAAAUAAAACUUAUUAUCUCCUGGGAUGAAAUAUCAAAACUUGAGAAGACUUCCAAUGUGAUUCUGACAGAGAGCAUUCAUGUGUGCUCCCGUGGGGAAGAUCACUAUUUUUCCAUGUUUUUGCACAUUAGUGAAACAUUCCUUCUCAUGGAACAGCUGGCAAACUAUGCUGUUAGGAGACUUUUUGACAAGGAGACAUUUGAAAAUGACCUAGUCCUUCAUGACCCUCUGCAGAUCACCAAGAGAGGCCUAGAGAGCCGUGCCCACAGUGAGCAGUUUAGUGCAUUCUUCAGGCUACCCAAAGAAGAGACCAUGAAGGAAGUUCAUGAGUGCUUCUUAUGGGUUCCUUUCAGUCAUUACAACACCCAUGGGAAAAUGUGCAUUUCAGAAAACUACAUCUGCUUUGCUAGCCAAGAUGGCAGCCUGUGCAGUGUAAUCAUUCCAUUAAGAGAGGUCACAGGGGUGGAUAAGGCAGAUCCAGCCAACAGAGGAGUCAGCAUUAGUACCAAAGGAAAAACAGCUUUUCGUUUCACGGAGGUUAGAGAUUUCGAACAGCUUGUGGCAAAGCUCAGAAUGAAAUGCAAUGCAACUUCAAGUCCACAACACAUCAUAAAUACAGAGGUUGCAGCUAGUUCUGCCUCUGACAGUCCCAAGGAUUUUGAUGCAGGACCGUCAAAGAUGGGUCAGAGAGAUAAUAGCAAAACUGUCAGUACAGAAGCCCUAAUGACUGUCUACCAUCCUCAAGAUGCUGAGAAUCUAGACUCUAAAAUGUUGAAAGAAAAAAUGAAAGAACAGUCCUGGAACAUCCUCUUUGUCGAACGGGGACAUGGUGUCAGUAUGUUUCGAACAAAGAAGACUCGAGACCUAGUUGUAAGAGGAAUCCCGGAGGCAUUAAGAGGAGAGCUCUGGCUGCUCUUCUCAGGUGCUGUAAAUGAUAUGGCAUCCAACCCUGGUUAUUACACUGAGUUGGUGGAAAAGUCCUUAGGAACGUGCACUUUAGCUACUGAUGAAAUUGAACGAGAUUUACGUCGCUCCUUACCUGAGCAUCCUGCUUUUCAAAGUGACACAGGAAUUUCUGCACUCAGGAGAGUUCUUACAGCUUAUGCAUACAGGAAUCCCCAGAUUGGAUAUUGUCAGGCAAUGAAUAUUUUGACAUCAGUACUUCUGCUCUAUGCUAAAGAGGAGGAAGCAUUCUGGCUUUUGGUUGCUGUGUGUGAAAGGAUGCUACCCGAUUAUUUCAAUCGUCGAAUCAUUGGUGCCUUGGUAGAUCAGGCAGUGUUUGAGGAGCUCAUCAGGGUUCAUCUGCCUCAGUUGACAGACCACAUGACGGACAUGACUUUUUUCUCCUCGGUCUCUCUCUCCUGGUUCCUUACCCUUUUUAUCAGUGUGCUGCCUAUUGAAAGUGCAGUCAAUGUGGUGGACUGUUUCUUCUAUGAUGGAAUAAAGGCAAUCUUGCAGCUGGGUCUUGCAGUGCUGGAAUACAACAUGGAGAAGUUGCUGACUUGUAAGGAUGAUGCAGAAGCAGUCACUGUACUCAACAGAUUUUUUGACAGUGUCACUAACAAAGACAGUCCUUUGCCUCCAGCUGUGCAGCAGGGCUCCAACCUCAGCAAUACAAAGAGUGACCAUCCAAAAGUGGACAUUACUGAUUUGAUCCGAGAGUCAAAUGAAAGAUAUGGCGAUAUUCGAUAUGAGGACAUUGAGAGCCUGCGCUGCAGGAAUAGGCUUUAUGUGAUCCAGAUGUUAGAAGCUACGACCAAGCAGAAUGUGCUACGUGUUGUGUCCCAGGAUGUAAAAUUCAGUCCUAGUGAUCUUGAAGAGCUUUAUGAAUUAUUCAAGAAGGAGCACUUUCUUUCCUGUUAUUGGAAUGUAAAUAGUCCUGUCUUGCAACAUCACGAUGCCAGUCUGCCGUAUCUAGACCAGUAUCGGAUUGAUUGCCAGCAAUUCAGGGUUCUCUGUCAUCUCUUGAGCCCCUGGUCACACUGUGCAAACAGAGACUCGCUUGCAUUGUGGACAUUCAGACUGAUGGAUGAGAGCUCCGAUUGCCUUAUAAACUUCAAACAAUUUGCCUGUGUUCUUGAUACCAUGUAUAAUGGAAGUUUCACUGACAAACUCAAGCUUCUUUUUAAGUUGCACAUCCCUCCAGCUUUUACUGAAGUAGAAUCUCUAAGCCCUUCCAAAGGUGGUGAUCUUUCAAAAGAAGAACUGAUCCACUUCAGCCAACUCAGUGUUUCGUCUGUGGGGUAUAGUCUUGAAAGUGAUUCUUUGAAGAGCAGCCCAGAAAAAGGGAAGGGGAAGGUUGAUAUUCAGGCAUAUCUGAAGCAAUGGCAAGAUGAACUUCUCAAAAAAGAAGAAAACAUUAAGGAUUUGCCAAGAAUGAAUCAGUCUCAGUUCAUCCAGUUCUCAAAAACUCUGUACAAUCUGUUCCAUGGGGAUCCUGAGGAGGAACUGUUAUAUCGAAGACUGCAGAGUCCCACAUCACCGGUCAAAAGUCCAGUUACCGUUACGGAGGUGCCUGCUGAAAUCCCCAGAAAAGGGCAGGAGGAAAGUAGCUUUGAGCAGACUGAAGGCAGUAAAGCACAGAGUUUGAGAGGGAACCAUGAGUGGUCUUUUGCCUUUGAACAGAUUCUGGCGUCCUUAUUAAAUGAGCCGGCCUUUGUGAGAUUUUUUGAGAAACCUCAUGACAUAAAAGUUAAAAUAGAGUGCGCUAAACAUUUACAACUUAAAGCAAGAACCAGAGUGUAA